CAUCUCUCUCACCUGCAGUGAGAUCUAAUCAGCAGGAUGCCUGAGCAUAUACAAGAGAGGAAACCAAAGAUCUCAGCUUCAAGGAAGCUGAUGCUCAAGAGUCUGAUGGUGGCAAAGGCCAAGGAGGAAUUGGAACAGGAGAUGCUGGUUAAAGAGGAGGAGAAAGAUAAGUAUCUGUCAGAGAGAUCUCCUGCUCUACAAACCAGCGGCCUCAGUCUUGCACAGCUUCAGGACCUCUGCAGAGAGCUUCACGCAAAGGUAGAUGUGGUGGAUGAGGAGCGAUAUGACAUUGAAGCCAAAGUCAUGUUAAACACACGUGAGAUAAAAGACCUGAACAUCAAGGUGUUGGACCUCAGGGGCAAAUUCAAGAGGCCUAGUCUUCGACGAGUUCGUGUGUCUGCUGACGCCAUCCUCCGCUCUCUGCUGGGCUCUAAGCACAAAGUCUCUAUGGACCUCCGGGCCAACCUCAAAUCUGUCAAGAAGGAAGACACUGAGAAGAAGAGGCCAGUGGAAGACAGUGACUGGAGGAAGAACGUGGAGGCCAUGUCAGGGAUGGAGGGGAGGAAGAAGAUGUUUGAUGCCGCUAAGGGUUCUGCCCAGUGAAGAAGAUGUCAUGUGAGCAACAUCACACUUCCUGCAUCUGGAUCUGUUUUAUUAUCCUACAGUCUAUUGUAGCUCCUGAAUGUCAGUCCAAUGCUUACACUCUUUUGUAUGCUCCUUUCAUGGAGGUGAAAAUAUGUUACCAUAAGCCUGAAAGUUGUCUUUUAAACAACUAAAUAAAUGUACGAUGUGCAAUUAUUUGUAUUUUCAUUAUAACUCAUUUACAGACCAUUGAGAAUUACAGCAAUGUCAAAUUAUGCAGCCUUUAUUUUCAAACAACUAAUGUGGAUAUAAUUGUUAUUUUUAAUAAAUAAUGACUUAGCCAUAUCUAGGGGAAGCUUUUAUAUUUGUGCUUGACAAAAAACUGUCAACAUUACCUGUGGUUUUGUGAACUGAAUGGAUUUACAUUUACAUUAAAACUGUAAUAACAAUAACACAUCAUGGGACUAAUUUCUUGUACAGAUUUGUGUUAAAUCAGAUAAGUCAAGUCAAGUCAACUUUAUUCAUACAGCACAUUUAAAA